CUGUCAAACACCCACGCAAGCAAUGGAUUGCAAAGAAUACCUUUUUCAGACGUAAAUAUUGUUCCCGUUUCAUCUGCAGAAAGGCUAAAAUCGGAUUUUCCCCAUGUAUGAGUAGAAUUCCAAGAGAAUUCGUAGCCUCCUUUUUCUGGUCCCAGAACACAAUUGCGGUGAAUCGACAGCUUUGAAAAAAUAUUUGCGAUUUACGUAUGUGAUACCUACGUUUCCACAGAAAUAUCAAAACAGAGUGUGCAAGUGUUCCGGGAGUCAUCUUUAACGGUGCGUUCCUAAGUUACAGAAUACCUCUGAACACACUGACCAUUUUACUCGCAAUAGCAAAGCUGGUUAGGCUGCUUACAUGUUGUCUAGUAAUUGUGCUGCUGGCAAUCAUUUAGAUAUUAUUUUUUUUUGCCGACGUUUACUGCCACGGGUCAUUUCCACGGGUGUUGCGCUGUGGUCCUCAGACCAGACUGCUCUGAGAUCGCAGUAGAAAGCCAGAAGGAUAUAUGACGAACGCACAAAGUCAGGUCAACGUUUUAUUUUUUGGCGUUUUGGAAACACAAUAAUACAGCGUAUUGUGGCUCGCUUCGGUUAUAACUGAGUAGCAACGUUUGCGGAAUAGUGUCCAAAUAGGCAUUAUGUUAACCACGGUGCUAAGCUAGCUAACCGUGUAGCUACCUGCACUGGCUGUUACCCACGGUGCUAACCUAGUUAACCCUGUUACUGGCUAGCAUUACCGGCGUCAACUGUCCUGCAAAAUCAAGGACAGAUGACAAUUUCACUCAAAAUUCCCAAAGAAAUCACUAUCCAGUUCUAUGUUCAGUACAUGAACUAACUAACCUAACUAUAUAAGGAUGGAAUCAAAGAGAGACAUGAAAGAUCAAGAAACCGAGAGAGUCUCCACGGUGACGGCUGUGCUGCUGAAGUCCCGGACCGGAGAGUUUGAUCUGGAAUCUAUUCUGUUCCUGAAGCUCCGAGGUCUCGGGAUCUAUGAUCUAGGCUGUAUCGGGGAGUGUGUCAAUCUGGAGAGACUGGAUCUGUCUGGUAACAACAUCACUAACCUGGGUCCUCUCUCCUCUCUGAGACUACUAAAGAUACUCAAUGUGCCAGCCAACAGGAUCUCUAACUUAGAUGGAAUCCACAGUAGGGGAAACAGCGCCACUGGUCGCCCCACCGCCUUUAUUGUUUUUGUUGUGUGGACGAACGGAGAAGCCAUUUCCAGCUGUGACAGUUUACAGAGCAUAAAUGUGGCUGGAAACCUCAUAUCCAGUAUUGACAACAUCCACUGCCUUCAGUCGUUGAGGAAGCUGGAGAAUAUUCGCCUGAAAGACAACACCUAUAACUACACCAACCCAGUGUGUAAGAACAUGUCCUACAGAAACAUUCUUCUGGAGAUGUUCCCAAACAUCAGAGUGUUGGACGGUGAAAGAGUGGUUGGACGUGGGAGUGACUUAUAUCAAUUAUGCAAAGACAUUGAUGAAACUAUCAAAGCUGGUUUCUAUAGGAAUGGCCAGCUACCAGAGCUGCCUGACUGUAAGACCUGGGUCGACAACGACUUCUGGGAGAUCAAGAGAUCCAACAACGCCAUUAUAGACGAGGCCUACAAACAGUUCAAUGACGUCCUUCAUGAAUGCAGACUGCUGAACAACAGAGCAGCACAUGUCAUCUCACAGACAGAGAGAUCUCUGAGCCUCAAGAACCAGCCAAAGCAGUACACUGUUUAAAUGUGCACCAAAGCAGUACUCUGAUUAAAAUGCAGUUUAAAACAGGCAA